AUGAUCACACUGAGUCUGUUACUGGCACUUCUUGUAGAGAUGGUUUUUGGUAUAUCAAGGACUUCUGCUGCACAAUCCUCGGAAAUUAAUCUUGUUACAGCCAAUGUUGGAGAGACAGUGACUUUGCAAUGCUUCUAUAAAGGCAACCUGGCACUGUACUUUAUGUGGUACAAGCAAACAAUGGGUGACAAUCCUUAAAUCGUAUCAACCUUUUACAAGUAUAACAAGAAUGCAACAUUUUACCAUGAGUUUAAGGGUAACACUCGCUUCUCAGUGCAAAGCGGUGAAGGAAUGAAUCCCCUAAAGAUAUCAGACGUUCAGCUCUCUGAUUCAGCCACAUAUUACUGUGGGAACUCUUAUGCCAACCAGGUGGAGUUUGGAGAAGGAGCCAUUCUCAUUGUGAAAGGAUCAGGGUCCAGAAACAUGUCUGUGCUCCAGCAGCCUGUAUCUGAGUCAGUCCAGCCAGGAGACUCUGUGACUCUGAACUGUACAAUACACACUGAGACCUGUGCAGGAGAACACAGUGUCUAUUGGUUCAGACAUGGCUCAGGAGAAUCCCGUCCAGGAAUCAUUUCCACCCAUGGAAACAGGAGUGAUCAGUGUGAGAAGAGCCCUGAGGCUGGGUCUCCCACACAGAGCUGUGUCUACAACCUCCCCAAGAGGAACCUCAGCCUCUCUGAUGCUGGGACUUACUACUGUGCUGUGGCCUCAUGUAGGGAGAUACUGCUUGGGAACGGGACCAAGCUGGACAUUCAAAGACGCCUCUCUCUGACUACAUGUCCAGCAGUCUCUUGUACGGAUGCAGGGGCCCAAGAUGCAGACAAUCUCCAUUACGUAGCUCUGAAUCUGAGAAACAAGAAGAACAGGUCUGGAAGACAGAGAAGCCAAAUGGAGGAAGAGACAGUGUAUGCUGGGAUCAGACAGUAG